UUUAUCUGUAUGGUGAGGCGGCCUCGGACAAGGCCUAUAGGAUGCAGUUAUCACAGAUUCGUGCUGGCGAGUUUGAAGGUCUACCUGAAAAGCUGUGUAGACCAGAGUGGAAGCCAGAUUUUGGCCCGCCAGAUUUUGUACCUAACUGGGGAGCCACUGCUGUAGGAGCAAGGACGUUCCUCGUUGCCUACAAUAUCAAUCUGUUAGCUACCAAGGAACAAGCUCACCGCAUUGCCCUCAAUGUCCGAGAACAGGGGCGAGGCAAGGACCAGCACCAUAUUCAUCGUCGCAUGAGGCUUCGGCCUGGAAGACUGAAGAAUGUACAAGCCAUGGGAUGGUACCUGGAUGACGCUAAUCUUGCUCAAGUUUCUGUCAACAUCACUGACUAUAAGUCUACACCUAUGCAUACGGUCUACGAAGAAAUUCUCAAGGAUGCCCAGGAUUUGAAUCUGGCAGUGGUUGGCUCCCAGGUUGUAGGACUGGUACCCCUGGACGCCAUCUUACAAGUAGCCGAUUACUACAUGGAGAAGGACAACUUAUUUAUACUGGAGGAAGACCAGAAGUUACGUCUCGUUAUCAACAGACUGGGCCUGAACUCUCUCGGACCAUUUAGUCCUAAAGAGCGAAUCAUUGAGUACAUGAUUGCUGAUGAAAAGGAAGGUCCAUUAAUCAGCAUGGAAAUUCGUGAUUUUAUCCUUACGGUUGGGUCAAGGUCACCAACUCCAGGAGGAGGCUCUGUGGCUGCAUUGUCAGCUGCCUUGGGUGCUGCCCUUGGUGCUAUGGCAGGAUUCCUCAGCUAUGGAAACAAGAAGUUCUUUGAAUUAGAUUCUAAGAUGAGGAAGUUACUUCCACCACUUUACAAAACUAUGAAGGAUUUGAUGGCCUUUGUUGAUGCUGAUGCUGCUGCCUUCAGCGAAUAUAUGUUGGCUUGUAAAUUGUGUCAAGACACAGAAGAAGAUGUAGCUCUGAGAGAGGAGGCAAUGCAGGACGGUCUAAUGACAGCAGUGCAGGUACCACUGACAGUGUCCAGACUCACCAACUCAAUGUGGCCUUCUCUAAAGGAACUGGCCGCAGUGGCUAACAUCAAUUGUAAAUCUGACUUACAGGUUGGUGUGCGGACACUAGAGACAGCUGUGUGGGGAUCAUUCUACAAUGUGAUGACAAAUCUCAAAGAUGUCAAGGACGAAGGGACCAAAGCCAAGGUGAAAGAGGAAAUUGAAUCUGCUGUGCACUUAGCUCAAGUGAACUGCGCUGAAAUCUUAUCAAUUUUGGAUGAUAGAAAAGAAUAA